CUCGGCGCCGGGCAGCGGUGAGCGGGAGGCCGGCAGCAGGACCGACAUGGCACCCGCCAAGCGGGACCAGAAGGAGAUAUCUUCCCACAAGAUAGUGGAGCGGCGAAGGCGGCACCGCAUCAACACGUGUAUCGCCCAGCUGAGUCAGGCUAUCCCGGCGGCAUUCUCCAAGUCGGUCAACAGGGUAUGUAGACGAGGUCUUUCUGGGAAGCUGGAGAAGGCCGAGGUUCUGGAGAUGGCGGUGUCAUACGUCAAACACAUCCAGUCCAACAUGAAGGGACAGGAGAACAGGGACAGCAACACUGGAGACCCAGGUGACCCGAAGCGAGACGAAGUUGACAUGCGUCAUUUUGAAGAAGGGUACCGGGAGUGUGUGAAGGAGGUGGCACGCUACCUGGCGGAGGUGGAAGGGAUGAAUCCGCAGGAUGUGCGCUUCCUUCGGCUACUGUGUCACCUGCAGACACGAGGCCCUGCCGCCAGGGGUCUCUCAAAUGGAAAGUUUGGCUCUGUCAUCAACUUUGGCAUCAGGGAACCUGGUGUGAGGGACAACCACUUGAACCAAGGGGCGAACACCAGCGCACAGAGCGUGCCACUUCCGUCUAACGUCACGGUCACGUCCAGGUUUAACCGUGCUCUGCUCUCCAACGGGACCCGGAAGUGCUCAAGUCCGGUAAAGGCUAUCCCGGAGGAGGAAAAAAUGGAGGAAAAAUCUGCAGACGACACAGAGAACGCAGACCGCAGAAGCGCCAGUAGUGAGAUAGAUGUCGUGAACGGUGAGGCAACCGCCCCGGUCCUAUCCCCGACGACUUCCGUCACUACGUCAUCCUGCCCCUCUGACGUCACGCAAACGUCACCACCCACUCUGUCUGUUGCGGUGGCGUCUGCAGGAGACAGUUCUCCAAUGUCCGAGGUGAUGUCAUCACCGAGCUCGUCACCGCCCAUCUCCGUGGAGGCCUCGGUCGCCUCAAGUACAACGGUGACGUCACAUCCGACUGCGACCAAGUCGAGACUAGUCACCAUGCUCUCGAGUCCAUCAUGCGUCUCAACAGCCACCACCGGACCGGUGUUGAUGCCCAACCCUUUAACCAGCCUGGCGAACAUGCACACGUCACUAGUAUCCGGCAGCACGAGUGGGUUCAGAACGACGACUCCAAGCACGACACUCGCGUGUCCCGGGCCGCCGGCCGGACCUUUGGUGACGUUCCUGCCUCAGCUGCCCGUCCCCGGCAUGCAAGGCAAGCUGCUUCCCGCAACACCGAGGUUGGUAGUUGACCCGAUGACAGGGCAACAGUUCUUCGUGCCGCAGUACAUUCAAGUUCCCACGCACGUUCAGGUCAAUCCAACGGCAGCCAAUCAUGUCAUCGUGAACCCUAGCCACGUGGCUUCUUCAUCCAAUCAAAACCCUUUGAGUCAGGUGAUCCCAUCCGCCAACCAUGGGCCACUGGGUCACAUGAUUUCCACGUCCAAUCAGACGGGAAUGAACACGAUGAUGCAGUGUCCUGCAUUGGUGACCCUUGCACCCCAUAGCAGUCUCCUCAGCACCAGUGUCAUGGCGGACACUGCAGACGCCAUGAAGCACCUUCCGGGCCAAUAUCUGCACGGCAUACCCGUAGCAAACUUUGACAUCCCAAUGGCGACACAUGCGCAGACCACACCUCCAACACCUAUUAAUCCGAUAAGAGCGCUUGAAAACAUCGCCCGAAAACAUCCCAGAUGACAGAGACCUUAUUUCCUUCCCAUACCCUAAGGGGAAUUCGCAAGCGGAACUUGUAAAAUUCAUACUUAACGUAAGUUUUCUCCAAUACUAUCAACAGCAUAUUUCCUGUAGUAGAUUAAAUGAACUGAAAUGAAAUAGUAGCGCGGCUAAAAUUAUUUCGUUGGGUUAGGACUAUGUAAAUAACUACUGCUCACCUGUUUAUUCAGGAAAAUUUAGAAUGACCUUUCAAAUGACCGCAAUCUUUUUUCUUUAUCUAAAAGGCACUAUCAAUAUCCCGGAUGUAAGUAGACUACCCGGAAUACGGCGUUAUAUUCAAACAUAAUCACUGUAAAAUAUUGAUCAUAAGACUUUAUCUUGAAAAUUGUAGAUUGUAUGAUGUGCAAGUGUGCGCUUUAAGAACAAUUGUUGUCACGUUGUCAGGAGUUCGUGCUAUCGUUUUACAAGAUUGUAAAUGACUUUUGCUAGUAUACUAUAUAAAUGUUCAUAAAUGUCUCUGCAUGACCACUACUUGAAAUUGUAUUAGUCAACCCUGAAUGUACAAAGAUAUUCUGUAUCUCAAAAUGUAUAAAAUCAAUCGAUGAAUUACAUAUCUAUAGCUAUAACGUUAUACUUGAAACACUACUAUAUAGACAGAUAUUGGCAAACUACUUUUCCCGUUCUGUGAAGUGCAGUUGCAACGUAUAUUCUAGAACUCUGCGACUUCAUUUUGUAAAAAUUGUGGCAUAUAUUCCUAGUGGGAGAUUUACUCAAUAAAAAUACCUUAUUCUCUUCCUAUG